AUGGCUGAAGCAGUCACUCAAGACCAAAGCGAGUUCAGCCCCAACAGUCCUAGUCAGAAGCGAAAGCGAGGGGCCCCCGAUUCACCAUCUGAAUCUCGCCGAGCAAAGCGCAAUGCACCAGCUGCAGCCAUGUCAAGCAAUCCUGAUGCGGAUCCUGCAGCCUAUGUCGAGACGGCUGUGGAGGCCGCGCAGGCUGCUGCCGCUGCCAACGUCAGCGCUGCAGAUUUCACUGCCCUUCAGCAAGCAACAGCAGACCACCACGAGUCUGCCGAUCCUGCGAAUGCAUCAACCACAGCAGCAGCAGCCCUAGGAUCUAUGUAUCCAACCCUCCACGUCCCACAAACAACCGAGGAGACCUUUGCCGCACAAGUCGCGAAUGAGAAUGAGCAUCAUCAUGACGCAUCCUUUGGGACCACCGAUAUGCUUCAAGGUGACAACAACAACAUUCCUGAUACAACUGGUUCCAGCAUAGUACCGCCGUCAAUACAGAACGGCAUCAGACCAGCCCAACCCGCAUAUUCUACUUCAUCACACAGUAAGGCGGCUGUAGGCUCUGAGGAGUGGCAUAAGCAACGCAAGGAUAAUCACAAAGAGGUCGAGCGUCGCCGACGGGAAACUAUCAACGAAGGCAUCAACGAGCUUGCAAAAAUCGUACCUGGUUGCGAGAAGAACAAGGGGUCCAUUCUUCAGCGUGCAGUCUCGUUCAUCACUCAGCUGAAGGAGAACGAGGCUCAAAAUAUUGAGAAGUGGACCCUUGAGAAGCUGCUCACAGAGCAAGCUAUUCAGGAACUCGGUGCUGCGAACGACAAGCUCAAGCAGGAGUGCGAGAGAGCAUACCGGGAGUUGACUCUUUGGAAGCAAGUGGCCCAGAAUGCGGGACUGCAACCCACUCAGUCGAAGGAGGAGCCUGCUUCCUCUUAA